AUGAUGGGUCUUUUCAGCCAGGCCGGUUCUCAUAUCCGAGCCAAGGCACGCGGAUACACCGAGGACGACUCGGCACCAGUUGAUACAGAGCCAGACGACACCUCCAUCCUAGACGAAAAUGAGGGCUCCAUCAUCACCUCGUUGAUCUCGCAGCUACGUGUAGGGAUGGAUCUUUCGCGGGUGACGUUCCCGACGUUCGUCUUGGAGCCCCGCAGCAUGCUCGAGCGCAUCACAGACUUCAUGUCGCACCCUGAUCUCAUAUUUGGAGCGGAACACUGCAACGACCCUGAGGAGCGCUUCAUCCGUGUGCUGCAGUACUACCUCGCCGGAUGGCACAUCAAGCCCAAGGGCGUAAAGAAACCAUAUAACCCCAUCCUGGGCGAGUUCUUUAGAUGUAGAUACGAUUACGAAGACGGGACGCAGGGGUUCUACAUAGCGGAGCAGGUCUCCCAUCAUCCGCCGAUCUCGGCGUUCUUCUAUACAUCGCCUGCGAACGGAGUGACGAUCAUCGGCGAGCUCAAGCCCAAGUCGAAGUUCUUGGGGAACAGCGUAUCGACGACGAUGGAGGGCGAGAAUAGGGUGACGCUGCUGGGUGCGAAGGAUGAUGGCGAGUACAUAAUCACGAUGCCAAACAUGUACGCACGCGGGAUUCUGUUUGGCAAAAUGGUCUUGGAGCUGGGGGACACUUGCAUCGCCAAGAACGAGAAGCAUGGAAUGUACUGCGAUCUAGAGUUCAAGACCAAGGGAUUUUUCUCGGGGACAUAUAAUGCUAUAUCGGGUCGCAUUAGACGCAAGUCAAGCGAGGUCGGUGAGAUAUCUGGGCGAUGGAGCCAUAUAAUGGAUUUCAAAGACGCGAAGACGGGGCAGAAACGCGUCUUGUUCGACGCGGUCAAGGACGGGCAGCACAUAUGUCCGAAGUGGGUGGCGCCCGAAGAGGAGCAAGAGCCCAACGAAUCGCGCCGGCUGUGGCGCGACCUCACGACGGCGAUCGCGCUGAAGGACAUGGAGGCGGCGACGGCGGCCAAGUCGGCUGUGGAGGACGCACAGAGGGAGGAGCGGCGGCAGAGGGAGGAGAAGGGCGUCAAGCACGUCCCGCGGUUCUUCAAGCUGCUCGACGGGAGGUGGAUGCCUGAUCUCCCCUCGGAUUCGCAGGACGCUGCGAAGAUACAAGAAUGGAUAUGGCCAGCAUCGGCGCCAAAGACAUGA